AGAUUGGAUCAUGUCAAAUCAGAGAAGGAAUCAUACUAUUUAAGCAAUGGCCGAUGGGGCAUUGCAGGGAGGCAAGAUUGAGUCUGCUCCACGCCACGGCGAUCCUAUAAAUUCGUCGCCUUUUCUUCUCCACUCUACUCAUCAUCAUCUCCCUCCCUCCCUCUCUCUCUCUCUCUCUGAACUCUCUCUGAAACUCUGAACAUUCCAAGAACUCAUCCUGCCUUAGUGACAGCCAAGAAUUUGAUGAACAGCCGCAGAUCAUGAUCUGUGAUUUGUGUGAAGCUUGAGAGCUGUGCAGCUGUGACACUGGUUGAGUGAUUCCUCAGUGGAUUUACUGUGUGAUUAGCUAGCUGAGCUGCAGACGGAGAGAGAGCUUGUGCUGCGAGGUGUGGCUGUAAUGAUGGCGACGCUGAGGCAGCUGCCACCGGGGUUCAGGUUCCACCCCACCGACGAGGAGCUGGUGGUGCAGUACCUCCGCCGCAGGGCGCUGUCCCGCCCGCUGCCGGCCGCCGUCAUCCCGGACGUCCACGACGCCGCCGUGCUCGACCCCUGGGACCUCCCUGGCGCCGGCGAGGGGGAGGCGUACUUCUUCAGCUUCCGGCAGCUCGCGCCGGCGAGCGGCCGGAAGGGCGGCGGCGGGUGGCGGCGGAGGGCGGGCAGUGGGUAUUGGAAGCCAACGGGGACGGAGAAGCCGGUGUUCCUGCGUGGAUUCGGGUGCGGCGGCGGCAAGCAGCUGCAGCAGCACCUCGUCGGCGUCAAGACGACGCUGGUCUUCCUCCGCGCGAAGCCGCCGUCCCGGACCGGCUGGGUCAUGCACGAGUACCGCCUCGCCGCCGCCGCCGUCGCCGGGCAGAGGAGUAGUGGAAACCAUAUUUUGCAGAGUUGCAUGGCACAGCCAGCAGGAGAAUGGGUGGUGUGCCGGAUUUUCCUGAAGAACAACAGAUCAUCAAGAAGGCGACUCACGGACGCCGACGGCCGACGGCCGGCCACCGGCGUUCAGGGCGGUCGCCGUCGGCAGCCGUCGCCAUCGCCGUCGUCGUCGAGCUGUGUCACGGCCGAUGUUUCAGACGAAGAGGAGGAGGAGGAGGAAGAAGAAGUCAGCAGUGGCAGCAUCAAUGGUGCUCCGGCUGCCUCUCAAAGAGAGGCCUAGGCAUGCUGAAAAUCUCAUUACUAGCAGUGAUUUUUUCUUUCUUUCUUUCAUUUCUUUUAUUUUCUUUUGUCCCGCCAUUGCUUUUCUUGUACUUCUCCUCUGUACCAUAAUGAUAGGAGUUUAAGCAGAGCAGGUUGAUGGAAAAGAGAGAGAGAGGCCCAGCUUAAGAAAGCUCCUAAGUAAAGAUUACUGAGCAGCUGUGACAUCUGUAUCAAUUGUAACUUGUAAGUUUCUCUUAAUCAUUUAUUAAGAUAAGGGAACCUCAAUUAAGCAGGAACAUCAUAUCAGCAGUUGCUGCCACUAGCCACCAUUAUUAAGCUGUCAUUCCUGCAACAGUCGUAUAGUUU